GGUCAGCAGCGCUUCAUGGCCUGUCGCUGUGAGCACAGCCGCCUUCUUUCUGCAGGAGCUUCUGGAGAGAGAGCAGCGGAGCACACAGCGCAUCAUGGUGCUCUUACACGUGCUGUUUGAGCAUGCGGCUGGCUAUGCCCUAUUUGCCGUCAAAGAGGUGGAAGAGAUUGGCAUGCUUUUGCCACAGGUUGAGGAAAGUGUCUUAAACGUUGGGAAAUUCAACAGUGUUGUUAAACUGGCAGCUUUUUUCCCCUUCAAGUCUGCACAGGCUGCACUUGAAAACAUAAAUGCAAUUUCAGAAGGAGUCGUCCAUGCAGAUCUUAAGCUGUUUUUGGAAACUAACUUGCCUUCUGGGGGCAAAAAGAAGGCCCUUCUAGGAGUGGCUGAUGGCAAGAUUGGUGCAGCACUGCAGGAGGAGUUGGGACUGUCUAUCCAGACUGGAGGAGUGGUGGCAGAAAUACUCAGAGGUGUGCGUCUGCACUUUCAUUCCCUGGUGAAGGGCCUCACAGCUCAGGCAGCCUCCAAAGCCCAGCUUGGUCUGGGUCACAGUUACUCUAGAGCCAAGGUCAAGUUCAACGUCAACAGAGCAGAUAACAUGAUCAUCCAGUCCAUCGCCCUUCUCGAUCAGCUAGACAAGGACAUCAACACGUUCUCCAUGCGCGUGCGUGAGUGGUAUGGCUACCACUUCCCAGAGCUGAUUAAAAUUGUCAGUGACAAUUCAACAUAUUGCAAGCUGGCCAAGUUGAUUGGCAACAGAAAGGAGCUGAGUGAAGAGAGCUUGGAGGCUCUGGAGGAGGUCACCAUGGACGGUGCUAAGGCACAGGCCAUCCUAGAGGCCUCUCGCAGUUCCAUGGGUAUGGACAUCUCCCCUAUUGACCUGAUCAACAUUGAGAGCUUCUCCAGCAGAGUUGUGUCCCUCACUGCUUACAGACAAGAACUGCAGGAGUACUUGCGCUCCAAAAUGGGCCAAGUGGCCCCCAAUCUAGCAGCCCUCAUUGGAGAAGUGGUUGGUGCUCGUCUUAUUUCCCACGCUGGCAGCUUGACUAACCUGGCCAAGUACCCGGCCUCCACAGUGCAGAUCCUGGGAGCGGAGAAGGCCCUGUUCAGGGCGCUGAAGACCAGAGGGAAUACGCCAAAGUACGGCCUUAUCUUCCAUUCCACGUUCAUCGGCCGCGCAGCCGCCAAGAACAAGGGCCGUAUCUCCCGUUACCUUGCUAACAAGUGCACCAUUGCCUCCCGGAUUGACUGCUUCUCAGAGGUUCCAACGAGUGUUUUUGGAGAUAAACUCCGUGACCAGGUGGAAGAGCGUCUAUCUUUCUAUGAGACCGGCGAGACGCCAAGGAAGAACCUGGAUGUGAUGAAAGAGGCAGUGGCAGAGGCGAGUGAAGUGGCAGCAGAGAUCAAGCGCAAACUUGAUAAGAAAGAGAAGAAGAAAAAGAAGCGUGAAAAGAGGAGACUAGAGGCUUUGUCCACAGCUGAAGGAGAGGAGGAGGAAGUUGAGGUCAAGAAGGUCAAAUCCAAUGGAGAUGCUGAAGCCCAUGAGAACGGAGAGGGUGAGGCGACAGGUGUGAAGAAGAAAAAGAAAAAGAAGGCAGCCGCCGAGGACGUAGAAGUGAAGGAGGAGGAGGAAGAGGUCAUGACGAACGGUGUGGACGAGGCAGCUCCGGCUAAAAAGAAAAAGAAGAGAAAGAUUGAGGCAGUUCAGCCUGAGGUUAAGGAAGAAGAGCCCGAGGUGAAGGAAGAGCCUGAACAGACUGAGAAGAAAAAGAAGAAAAAGAAAAAGAAGGCAGAGGAUGAAUAAGAUGAUCCGUCCUGUCUUUCAAUACUGAACUGUUUUUUUGUAUUAAAUACUGUACAGCUUUUUUUUUUGACUAUGAAUGCCCUGAUAGUAUGGAUGAUGUAUGGCAAGAAUGUGAGAGGAACCUUGGUGUCCUCAGUUUAUAAAGCUCAAAAGGAGCAUUUAACAGAACAUU